AGCGUGAACCACAGCAUGGUGGAGAGAGGCAGAAAAGCCUGUCCUACGGCAGCACUGGUGUGGGGGCGUGGACCCAAGAGUCGUUAGACCGGCUUUCCUGUAACCAUAAAAGAAGCGGGUCGUGCGAUGUUCACGUCACUGUCCCGAAGACACAGCCUCGCAGCACAUAAACAAUCAUGGAUUUCAGUCUGGAGUCAGCCUGCGGCCCUGACGAGGUAAAGAAGAACGAUGCAAAUAGCACGGAGUUUUCCUUUUUCGGCAAAAAGGACAAAAAGGACAAGUCUGACUGCAAGGACAAGUCAAAGGACCACGACAAGAGCAAGGGAGACAAGAAACACAAGGAAGGUGGCAAGGAGCACAAGAAAGACAAGCAGCACAAGAAGAAGGACAAGGGGCACGGAGGAGAGAAGAAGCACAAGAAACACGGAGACGGGGAGCACAAGAAAAAGGAGCACGGAAGUGGCUCUUCUUCGUCAUCCUCUUCCUCCUCUAGUAGUGACUCGGACUAAAUACCUGAUGCAAGGAUGAGGAACAACAGUUCUCUGAGUACCUGUAACAUUUGCUACUGCUGUAUGUAUGCUGUCUGCCUGUGAACUAUACAUCUGUUGUUUCUUAACUGGCCUGGUGACAAAAUAUGUGUUCUUACUACAAUGUAAACUAAUAAAUGGUGCCUCGAGA